GCACGACUUGAUUAUCUUGAACUUCGAACUCUCAAACACUGUGAACAUGUUGGACAACCAGAAUCGAAUUCAAGAGGUGGACUCUGAUGAUGAGCAGACGGAAGACUUUGGUGGUUUCGGCGGAGGAGACGGCUUUUCUGAUUUUACCAAACGCCUGCCGGACGACUGUAUUGAAUACACCAUCUUCGUUAUUGAUGCGAAACUCAAGACCGACUAUGCGCGAAGAGAGAAGUUGAAGACCAUCCAAACGGCUACUACUGGACUCCUCAAAUCACCGAACCUCAAGGACUACAUCUGGCAGCGCGAGAAAUUUCAAUUAGAUUUGAUUGAUACAAGACUGGACUCCAACAUCGAGAAGGCUGAGGCUGAUAGCGCAUCUGAGGAGAAGUUGCAAGUCCCUGGACACGAAUACUAUCUUCACGGACGAACCAACUUUGGCGAUUCAAUAGCGGAUGAAUGGUUGAUUGUCUGGCUGCUUCUCGAACUCAGCCAACGGCAUACUUCGGCAUGGAUUCAAGUUCGCGACCCAGACGGCGAAUUUCUGCUCGCUGAGGCUGCAAAUGCUCUGCCGAAAUGGUUGGAGCCCGAACUCGCUGACAAUCGUGUCUGGAUCCAUCAAGGACAGCUACACAUCAUACCUCUGCAACGAAACGCGGGCACGGGAGCCUCAGGACCUACCACGCCUGGACUAUCUGGCCAUGUUGACUUGAGCCAAGCGCUGCAGUUCUUACAACAAACACCACACUCGACAUUGCACUCGCCAAUGAUCGAAGGAGAAGCUUUCCACCGUUUGCGAGACCACCCAGCCGCCAUUGCAAAGAGCCAACACAACGCAUUACUCUCCAUCCCUCGUCGUCUCGCUUACCUCCUCCACCGAAGUCCCUCCUAUGUUGCCCCAGCAAUCGAGGCCUUCUAUCUGCGCGACCCUAUCGCCGUAAAACCUCUGGCCACGAAAGACACAGCCACCCUCCUCUUCUCCCCCGAAGACUUCGUCACCAUGAGCGUUCGCUUCCCCAAAGUUGGCUACGCACAGCUCGUAAGCCAGGAAUUUCCUCCUCCGCCUGCUUGGGUAGGCAUAACACCACACAUUCACAAAAAGCCCGUCCUCCUCGGCAUGAAACUCUCCUGCGGUUUCGAAAUGAUGCUCCGCGACCCUCAAAACAAGGAUAAGCGCGAAGUCAGAGAAAUGAGCAUGUUGCUCGAAGACGUGGAAGAAGGAGAAGAUACGCUACCCACCGACGACGAGAUCGCAUCCUGGCCGCAAACAAACGACGAUGACAAAUGGCUCGACAUCGACUUCAAAGAUUUCGACAAGGAACUCAAAGGACGUGCUGCCGGCGGUGCUGGAGCUACAGACGACGACACACCACAAGGCACAGGUUUCGGCGAUGAGUCCACCCAAAAAGAUCUCCAAGACAUGGUCUCCCGCUUCGAAAAGUUCCUCAACGAAGACGAAGAAACAGGCGCCGAGACCUUUUCCUCCGGCUCAUCUUCCCUCAGCGACUCUGAUGCCUCAGACUCCGAAGAAGACGACGCAGAAGAAGACAAAGCCGCCUCCUUCACCGACGCCGAAUUCGAACAAGCAAUGCGCGAAAUGAUGGGAAUGCCCGACGAGCAAAAAGAAACAACUGGCUUAAACUCAGAAGCCAGAAAACUAGCUUUGGAAAUGGAGGAUGAAGAGGAAAUGGAAAGAGAUGACGACAAAGAAGCAGAACAGAUAUGGAAAAUGAUGCAAGAAAUCCAUGAAAAGAGGAAUGCGGAAAAGAAGAAGAAUACCACCACACAAGAUAAAGGCAAGGAUAAAGCGUUUACACCUCACGCUGCUCCCGACACAAAUGCCACUGGCAAAAAUGUCAGAUUUGAAGACAAAGUCAGGGAAGAUAUCGAGAGGAGCAAUAAAGGCAAAAGUAAAGGAAAAGGCAAGGCCAAGGCAAAACCAGUCACCAUCGAUGACGAAAGCAGUGAUGAUGAAGAUUUACUCGCCGGAGAGGAUGGAGACCCGCAUUAUGAAAUGUUGAAGAAUAUGCUCGAGAGUUUCCAAGGACAAGGUGGGAUGGCUGGGCCGGCUGGAAAUCUUAUGGGGUUGAUGGGGAUGGGCAAGUUGCCUAGAGAUCAAUAGAAGUAUUAGCAUGGAGCAAGCGUCAUGACAAUUUCUUUCAUUCGCUUGCAUCUUCUUAUCGAAGUCUCAUUCGCAAAA